AAGACGCUAAACACUUUUUGUUUUCCUAAAACUAUUAUUUGUUGAUUGUGAGUUAAUCAGCGAAUGUUAAUAAUUAAAAGUGCUAACAUAAGAUGUAUUCGACAACAUCUGAAGAUUUGAGCCGGGAUCAUUUGGCUCUGCAAGUAACGGAUUGUCUAAAGAAAAUUGUGAAGAACCAACAAACCGUAACUCAACUACACAAGGAAUUAGUAGAGAUAGACCUUUCCUUUACUGCAUACAUUGAGGAAAGUAAGAAUCGCCUACAAAACCAUCGUUUAAACCUUGCACGUCAGGCUAAAAGUUCUCAAGAAGUGGUCGAAAUACUCUCUGAAAAAUAACUCAAACAAUGUCAAACUCUCCAGCUACUCCUCGCAAGCAAAACAAUAUUACCAAAUACAAACUAAAAACAUGUAAAGAAGACAAUAACAAUGCAACCAAUAAGUUUACAGAGCGCCAGCAAGCUCGCACUUUCAUUUCAUGGUUCAAACGCAUGAUUGACCAUGAGCGACAGAACUUCGGCUUGUAUCUAUCAGAUGAUGCGAUCCUCGAGUGGUUUGGCAGAACAAUAAAAACUAGAAAGAAAGUUCAAUCAUUCCUGAGAUAUGACAUGCAGUGCUCCCUCCACGAUUUUACAACUGUUGAAAGCAUAGAUAAGGUCCAAUUGAGGCAUGAAAGAAUUAUCAAUAAGAGAAAGGAUGAUACAGUUCUAGCUAGUCCUCUACAUUCACCUGAGCUUAUAAGCUGCAAGACAUCAGCUAAGAAAAGGUUGCUCAGAUCUACCUGUAACAGCCCUGAAUGGGCAGAAGGUUGUCAGUCUGAUGAUAAAAGUACUGAAAGAAAAAGGCUAAAGAGCAGACAUAUUGAAUCUCUGCACGAUGACCAACAUAACAGCUUAAAACGAGGCCACCCAGAUGAUGUCAGUAGCAAAGGAGAUGGCAUUGCAGAAAGAAGGCCGAAACAAAAGUGUAUUGCUGUCACACCACCUAACCACGAGCUUGGUCAAGGUGAUUGCCUACCCUCUACAAGUGGUAACACUGCUUCACAUGAAGCUCUCAAUGCUCAGCUGCCAAAACUUGCUGUAGAAUGCAACGGGUACAUAGAGUUCACUAGAACUAGAAACAACCGCAGUACAGACUGCAUGAAGUGGGAACGGAAAUGCAAAGUGCAAAUUAGUUACUCGGAAGACCCAUUGAAUGUUGGAGAGUACAUUAUAUGGUCCUUACAUUAUAUUGACGAAACCAAGUGUAGGAGAAAUCUGAUGGCUGCAUUUGAAGCAGCGGAAGAGGAAUCAAAUAAGAUCAAGUGAUUUUUGGUAUUACAUUUGAGUUCUAGCAUUUUUAUUUUAUAAAAAUAUAUUAUAAAUGCUAUAUUUGUCACAAAAUGCUGGUAUGGCCGGUUGAUUUCCGUUUUGCAAUUGCACAUUUUCAUAUACAUUUGCUAACCUUGUGAUAUGAUAGUUAUAUUUUUAUUUGUUACAGCAUUUAUUAUUUUAUGUAUUGUGUUCCUGAUAUAAGAAUAUCUUUACCUUUUGACAGAGCCCUAGGGUGUAUGAACUUGAUGUUAUUAUAGUAUGUUUGUCUUCCAAACUUGCUUCUAAAAAUUAAAAUAUUAUUAGUGGUAGCACCUUUACUAUUAUUAUUACUUUUAAGUUGACAUUAAGAUAAUAUGUUAUGAAAUAUGAAUAUUGUGAUGAUAAGGUGUAAAUAUUUCUUGUAUUGAUUCUGUUCAGCAGAUAGUUUUCGCAUAUAUUAAAAAAUAGAAGACAAUGUUGAUUCACAAUGUAAUAGUUUAUGUACUUCAACAGUUUUAUCUGUAAAAUGUAAGAUCUCUACUGUAUUUUAGUUAUCUCUUGUAGCCAUAUGACUGACUGAUUAUCAAGUAACGCGUAUUUUUAUAACUCAUGAAGUGCUUUGAACUGUUUCUCUUGUAAGUUCAUUUUUUUUUAGAUCUCUGAUGUUGGUGGUCAAAGUCAACUGUCAUUUUCAUUUAACAUCUUGUGAUUAAAGUUGAUUCCUUUGUAAAAUCAGUAAGCUGUUAGUUUUAUCACCACCAUUAUCUGGCCCCUAGCACACUAGAUGGAAAACUCACCCCUCAUUUAGUUUGUCAUAGUAACACUGUUUAUUUCGUCAUACCAUCAUUGUAAAUUGUAAUACAUUUCGAAAAUAGUUGGUUCACAGUAAUAGUGUUUCCUAAUCGUCGGCUUCUAGUCCGCUCUAUGGCUAGGCUAACUCCCAAAGUAUGACAGUGUGUCGGGUGUCUUACGAAUUCAAUUAAAAAAACCGGCCAAGAGCGUGUCGGGCCACGCUAGGUGUAGGGUUCCGUAGUUUUCCGAAUUUUUCUUAAAAACUACUGAACCUAUCAAGUUCAAAACAAUUUUCCUAGA